CGGGCGAGCGAGGGCAAGAGGCGGGGCAGUGCGGACAGGCAGGCAGGAUGCCUCGCGAGCGGACGGUGCGGCUGCAGUACGGGAGCCGCGUGGAGGCGGUGUACGUGCUGGGCACGCCACUCUGGAUCGAUGUCUACAGCGCGGCCCCCGCCGAGGCCCGGACCUUCAGCCUGAAGCACUCAGAGCGCGUGCGCGUCGAGGUGGUGCGGGACGGGGAGGCCGAGGAGGUGGCCACCAAUGGCAAACAGCGCUGGCUCCUGUCGCCCAGCACCACACUGCGCCUCACCAUGGGCCAGGCGAGCACCGAGGCCAGCAGCGACAAGGUCACCGUCAACUACUACGACGAGGAGGGCAACGCCCCCAUCGACCAGGCCGGGCUCUUCCUCACGGCCAUCGAGAUCUCCCUGGACGUGGACGCGGAUCGGGACGGCGUGGUGGAGAAGAACAACCCACAGAAGGCGUCCUGGACAUGGGGCCCCGAAGGCCAGGGGGCCAUCCUGCUGGUGAACUGUGACCGCGACACACCCUGGCUGCCCAAGGAGGACUGCAGCGACGAGAAAGUGUACAGCAAGGAAGACCUCAAGGACAUGUCCCAGAUGAUCCUGCGCACCAAAGGCCCUGACCGCCUGCCCGCCGGCUACGAGAUGGUCCUCUACAUUUCCGUGUCGGACUCUGACAAAGUGGGCGUGUUCUACGUGGAGAACCCGUUCUUCGGCCAGCGCUACAUCCACAUCCUGGGCCGGCGGAAGCUGUACCACGUGGUCAAGUACACGGGCGGCUCGGCCGAGCUGCUGUUCUUCGUGGAGGGCCUGCGUUUCCCGGACGAGGGCUUCUCGGGCCUGGUGUCCAUCCACGUCAGCCUGCUGGAGUACAUGGCCGAGGAGGUCCCGCUGACACCCAUCUUCACGGACACCGUGACAUUCCGGAUUGCUCCGUGGAUCAUGACCCCCAACAUCCUGCCUCCCGUGUCGGUGUUUGUGUGCUGCAUGAAGGACAAUUACCUGUUCCUGAAGGAGGUGAAGAACCUGGUAGAGAAGACCAACUGCGAGCUCAAGGUGUGCUUCCAGUACAUGAACCGCGGCGACCGCUGGAUCCAGGAUGAAAUUGAAUUUGGCUACAUCGAGGCCCCCCACAAAGGCUUCCCGGUGGUGCUGGACUCCCCCCGAGACGGCAACCUGAAGGACUUCCCCAUAAAGCAGCUCCUGGGCCCGGAUUUCGGCUAUGUGACCCGAGAGCCUGUCUUCGAGACCGUCACCAGUCUGGACUCCUUUGGGAACCUGGAGGUCAGCCCGCCAGUGACCGUGAAUGGCAAGACGUACCCCCUCGGCCGGAUCCUCAUCGGGAGCAGCUUCCCUCUGUCUGGCGGCCGGAGGAUGACCAAGGUGGUGCGCGACUUCCUGCAGGCCCAGCAGGUGCAGGCGCCCGUGGAGCUGUACUCAGACUGGCUGACCGUGGGCCACGUGGACGAGUUCAUGACCUUCGUCCCCAUCCCGGGCACCACGCAAUUCCGGUUGCUCAUGGCCAGCACCGCAGCCUGCUACAAGCUGUUCCGGGAGAAGCAGAAGGAGGGCCAUGGGGAGGCCAUCUUGUUCAAAGGCCUGGGUGGGAUGAGCAGCAAGCGAAUCACCAUCAACAAGGUGCUGUCCAAUGAGAGCCUCGCGCAGGAGAACCAGUACUUCCAGCGCUGCCUGGACUGGAACCGUGACAUCCUCAAGAAGGAGCUGGGCCUCACGGAGCAAGACAUCAUUGACCUGCCCGCUCUGUUCAAGAUGGACGAGGGCCGCCAGGCCAGAGCCUUCUUCCCGAACAUG